AUGCGACGACCUUAUCCAAUUAUUGUUGUUCUCCUAUUGAGCUCGGCAUUAUCCGAAGAUACCGGCGAUGGUGACAUUCUCGAAUUCACAGCCACUCGACAUCACUUAUGCUAAGACAUUCAGAAUUGUAAAAACCGAUCAUCAUCAUCAUCUAGUUGAUAUCACAACCUCGGAACGAUAGUCAGUCUUAGAUUCCAUCUAUUCAGAUCGAAAGGAAGAACUCUCAAGUCAAGUAGAAAAAUGGAUUAAUAACAGCUACGUAAUAUCUUCCGAUGAAUAUUUCAUCGAUCUCCAAUAUUACACUCUUCCCUGGUUGAUCCUUGCUAUUGCAACUAUAUGUUUAUCAAUCCUAUACCUUUGGAUAACCAUCUUGCCAAGGUAAAAUGGUUGACGUAUCUCAUAGUUCGUUGAUCAAAUGGCUAAAGUCACAUGGAGAGGACGAAUUCAUUCUGAAUGCCAAACGAUUCCAUAAAUUUGGGAUUGCAAGUAUUGUUGUACUGAAUUUAAUCCUCAUCAUAGUGUCCAUCAUCGCAUUAGUAAUCAUCAUUCAAAUUUGUAGGCGUACUCAAGCAAAGCACUCGAUGGAUUGGAUUACUCAAGUUGCUAUAUGGCUUCAUCCUUCGACGAUUUGCUAGGACGGUAGGAUGAAGUCUUCACUGGAUACAGUAUUUUGUAGGCUGAUUUGAAUUCAUUGUCAAAUACCUUCGCUGAUUUUCAAACUGAAUUGAAAAAACUAUAUCAAAGUCGAGUGUCCCUCACUCUGCAAUCGCAAUAGCUAGAUGUCAUAGAAUUUAACGAUCAGUACAUUUCGAUAUCAUCAUAGACUGAAGAGAAACGAGCCCAAUUCCCCUCUUCCUAUUUUGAUAUCCUCGAAUGGAACCAAUACAGUAGCGGCUAAGGAAUCCUAUUUCUCGAAAAUGAAAAUCGUAUCCUUUUUGAAUUAUCCACAUAGAUCGAUUAUGUGUUAUCCACAAAGGAAGAUGACGAAUACCUCACCUAUCUUAAAUACUACGAUCUAAUCAAGGAGGAGGAAAACAGAAUGCAAUUGGCAAGCCAAGUGGACGAGGUCAAGGAAUAUUAUGGCAAUAUCUUUUAGAGAUUUGGGUCCUUGGAGAAUUCCUCACUAGCUCUCAGGGAUUCCAAACUCGCACUUCUAUUCAAUAAAGCCUAAUAAUAGCUAUAAUCCAUCGAUAACUCACUGCUCAACUAUGCUACUCUAUUCACUGAUUUCCAUCAAACUCUAGGUGAUGAUAUUAAUAAAUACGUUGAUUCGAUUAUUGGCUUAUUAAUAGUGUUAAUCAUAUUCACUUUCAUUCAAAUCAUUUUAUGGUUGGGUCAUUUGAUUAACAAAAAUCUCAAGAUUAAAAGGGUCAUCGAUAUCCUUUGGUUUCUGUGCAAUCUCAUACUGAUUGGAAUUUUAAUUGUUAAUAUCUUCUUGCAAUCCAACUCCUAUUUAUCCAAGGAAUUAUGCAUCUACUUUGAUGGCAUCAUAAACAAUGUAGAAUUCUACUAAAACCAGAAGAUCAUUCAAUUUUCAGAAGCCAAAACCGCACUGCAUUCUUGUCUGUAUGGCGAUGGAAACAUCUACAAUCAAUUAAACCUCAAUUCCAGGUUCAAGGAUAUCAGGACCUACAUUAAUAGCGAAAAUGGACUCCUUUAAGAAAUACAGCGACUAAACUCAAAUCAAGCCCUCUAUCUCCAGAAACUGAACAAUAACUCCCUGACCAUCACUUCAAUCCUAGAUGGCACCUUCAUUGAUCUAAACCAAAACGAGAGAGAUGGCUUGAAUAAGAUUAUUCAGGAUUUUAACUCCUACAAAGAUAAGGAGAAUUGUGCUGAACUCCAAUCCUCAUUAUGUACUGAUGGAUCCUACCCAAAAAGGAAUGGAAAUUUCAACGAUUCUCAAAUGUGUUGGCAUCCCUCAUAUCUGAUCACAAAAUACACUUCAUCCUGUUUGGAUCAGUAGGAUCUGUUCUAAAAAUUAAAAUUGCACUUCCAAUCUCAAGCUCAAGGCUGGAUUAGAACCUAAUUGUUGGAAUCUUAAUUUGUAUCUCAAAACUUAGAUUUAAACUUAAAACUAAAUCAAUACAUCAAAAAUCACACCACUUUUAUUGAGUUGCAACAAAAGACACUGUCCAAUCUAUACAGUUUGCUUAAGGGUGCUAAUUGCACAUUCAUGAAGGUAAUUGUAUUGUCACUUCAAUGUAGGAUGACUUGAAUAAGAUGUUGGAUGGCAUGUGUGUAGUCUACUCGUACUAUCUUAAUAAAAUGUCGGUCUUAACUAUAGUUAUCGCCUCCUUGCUAUUCCUUUCAGUUUUAUUUAAUUGUCUCACUUCAAUCAAGAUUUCACAGAUGGAAACGUACGAAGAAUAUGCAUCCACCAAGGUGAUCAACUUUGCUGGAUCCAGUAUGUUCAGAGCAUCAAUCGAAAUUAAUUAAAUAAUGUAAAAUGAAAGCCCAAUGCACAUCACUAGCACAUAAUUGGAAUUCAAAUGA